AUGAGAGAUGGUUAUGAUGACGUCGUUGGGUCAGCAACUGAAUUAUGCCAUAAAUGGGGUAUAUCUUCCACGAAACCCACAACCCGUAAAAUAUAUUCAAAACAAUACUGUGGAGAAAUGCAAGGAGAUAGACGAUUAGAUGUGCCCGAAGAAAAAUUUCGUAUAGCAAUUUUUUAUCCUCUCAUUGAUACAGCUUUAUUUAAGUUACGAGAUCGGUUUAAAGGACUUCAUUCGGUUUCAAGAAAUUUUGAAUUUUUACUUCCACAAAAUAAAGUUACCAUGAAAGAGUCGGACAUAGUUAAAUCUUGUUAUGAUUUCAUAACAUUUUACAAUAAUGAUGUGACAUAA